AUGAAUUACGAAGCAUUUGGGGAUGUUUUGGCUUUUGAUGCAACGUACCACGCGAAUAUGUACGAUAUGAUUUUUGUUCCAUUCACUGGCGUUGAUCAUCACAAAAAAUGCAUGAUAUUUGGUGCUGGCCUUCUUCAUAACGAGACAAUCGAGUCAUACACAUGGCUUCUACAAAAAUUUGUACAAGCUCAUAACGGUAGACAACCUCUUUUGGUUCUAACCGAUCAAGAUUGUGCCAUGAAACAAGCAGUUAGCAACAUAUUCGACAAGUCGCAUCAUCGACUAUGUAUGUGGCAUAUAGUUCAAAAGAUACCAUCUAAGAUCAAGGGAGACAACUUGACAAAUAUCGAAAUAAAAGAGAAGUUUCACAAGAUUGUUUGGAAUGUCUAUAUCAAACCUGAAACAUUUGAGAAAAGGUGGAAUUCAUUGAUCGCUGAAUAUGGGUUAGAGUCCCAUCAAUGGUUGACAGAGAUGUUUUCAAUUCGGGAGCAAUGGAUUCCAGGUUACUUUCGCGAAAUACCCAUGUGCACUUUAAUGGAAACCACAUCCAGAUGCGAAAGUGUAAACCAUAUGUUUGAAGCAGACUCGAGCGCCCAUAAUACAUUGGUCCAAUUCAUGUUGUGUUAUGAUACGUCCAUCGAUGGGUUAAGAAACAAGCAACGGGAACUUUGUAAUCAUACUGAGACCACCAACCCAGAAAAAUACAAAACAAGCUACAUGAUUGAACGUCAUGCAAACGUCGUUUACACAAGGAAAAUUUUCUACGAGGUUCAAAAGGAAAUUUUCAAGGGUACAGAAUGUAGUUACAUUGUGGAACGGUCCCUGGUUGAUGGCGUUCAUUGUUUUACAGUUGCUCAUCUAGAUCACGAAAAGGAAGUUGUUAACGAGUUCAAGCUUUGUUUAUUCAGUGUGUAUUUUUACUGUACACCAGUGUUUAUUACUUCCUCCAGUCAUACUAACCAGCUUCUCAACCACCUUUUUAUUAGAAGCCAUAAUAUUCAAGAGAUCCUAGCCAGAUACAUUCAUCCGAGAUGGAGACGAAAUGCUCUUCCGAGUGUUGUGCAUAGUACGGAGAACAUGUUAUCCGUAGACCAAUCUAGGCAUGCAGUAUUAUGGCGCAGAAUCUUAGAUAACAUGGACAUGUGUAGAGAUCGCGUAUGGUGUAACAUUGAUAAACUAGAGGAACUAGAUUCACACAUUCAGGCACUUAAAGAUAAGAUUUUUCCUGAUGUUCCAUAUGAUGUAGAAAUUAAUAAAAAGGGUGUAGCAAUUCAGGAAAUUAUUGCGCACACUGAACCGGACGAGAUCUCGUGUACGACACCAAAGAAAAUACGUAACAAGGGUUGUGGGAAGCACAAAAGACCGAUUGGUCCACGAGAAAAAGCAAUAAAAGUUGUCAAGAAGUCAAGAACGAAAUGUAAUUAUUGCAAAAAACGAGUUAGAAAACACGACAAAAGGAAUUGCCCUUUAAAAAAAGGGAAACCAACUAAGGAUGACUCGUCUACAGAUGAGGAUGAUGAGGAAGACGAAGAUGAGGAAGACAUGGAGAUAGAAUCGGACAAAACAGAUAGGGACGACAACGCUAGCGAUUUUUAG